GGUUCUGACCCCCCAACUUUCCCCUCUUCGCUGUCUCCACCUCCUCCAAGAUUUGGGUUAAGAUUCGCUUACAGUCACCGCUGCCACCUCUCACAACUCUCUCUCUCUCCUCCUCUGCCGAUCACUGGUUCUCCAAUGGCGGACUCUAGCAACAAUCUCAAAACCCCUCUCCUCCACAAUCGAAACCAGAACGACGAAGAAUUCGUCAUCAACAUCCAAGUCAACGGAGGAGGAGGAAUCCGAAACCCUAACCCUAAUCCGAAUCCAUUCGAAUUCUUGGGGGCAUCGCCGGAGCUACCUCUACCAAGGCCGAGCUCCAUCGAUCCGUUCAAGAACAGGACGCCGUCUGUCGUCGGCGCUGGGUUCUACGAGUGGGUGAAGGUGGUGGUGAUUGUGCCGGUGGCUUUGGUUCGGUUGGUGAUGUUCGGUUUGGCUCUCGCCGUCGGAUAUCUCGCCACGAAAUCGGCGUUGGAGGGGUGGAAGGAUCGGCAGAGCCCGAUGCCGAGAUGGCGGUCGAGGUUGAUGUGGAUCACUAGGAUUUGUACUCGAUGCAUCCUCUUCUGCUUUGGCUACCACUGGAUUAGGCGAAUUGGGAACCCUGCUGCUCGGGAUGUUGCUCCUAUAGUUGUUUCCAAUCAUGUUUCAUAUAUAGAACCCAUAUUCUUCUUCUAUGAAUUGUUCCCGACGAUUGUUGCUUCAGAAUCACAUGAUUCCCUGCCCUUUGUUGGAACUAUAAUUAGAGCAAUGCAGGUAAUCUAUGUUGAUAGAUUCUCAGCAGCAUCAAGAAAACAUGCUGUUAGCGAAAUCAAGAGAAAGGCUUCUUGCAACAACUUUCCUCGUGUCUUAUUGUUCCCUGAGGGUACCACAACAAAUGGAAGAUCCCUCAUCUCUUUUCAACUUGGCGCAUUCAUUCCUGGCUUUCCAGUUCAGCCUGUGGUUGUUCGUUAUCCACAUGUGCACUUUGACCAGUCAUGGGGCCAGAUUUCUUUGGCAAAGCUCAUGUUCAGAAUGUUCACUCAAUUCCACAAUUUCAUGGAGGUGGAGUACCUGCCUUUAAUUGCACCACUUGAGAUCAAACAAGAAAGUGCUGUUCAUUUUGCCGAGCGGACUAGCUAUGCUAUGGCGAGGGCACUUAAUGUUGUGCAGACAUCACAUUCUUAUGGUGAUAUGAUGCUUCUUACAAGAGCUUCACAGCUUACAAGAGAAAAGUGUUCGACUUAUAUGGUAGAAAUGGCACUGACUGAAAGUUCAUUCGGCAUAACGACAUCUGAAGCCAUGGAACUUCUGGAUCAGUUCUUUGCUAUGAACCCCGAUACAGAUGGACGUGUCAACAUUCAUGGCUUUUUACCAGUUUGUGGGCUUGGAUAUUGUCGUCUCUCCGAAAAGAUUUUUAACUACUUAGAUGUGGAAAAGAAGGGAUCCAUCACAUUUCGUCAGUUCUUGCUUGGAUCAGGAUAUGUAAGGAAGCAGCCAUUGUUCAGGAAUGCUUGUGAAACUGCAUAUAGUAAAUGCAGUGAUGAUGGUGGUGCUGCAGACCAUAUAACUCUGAACAAGCUUGGUGACUUAAUUCAAUCAAGUAUGCCAGAUACAAGCGAAGAAACUGUUCAUCAACUACUUCAAGGUUUUGAUGUCGACAAUGAUGGAGUGAUCAGCAGAGCUGAUUUCCUGAGAUGGCUACAAAGGAACCCCUUGCUCAUUGCAAUUUUUGCUGCUUAGAGCUAAGGUGAAAUCAUACCAGAGUUUGGCAGAGUCCAAGCCAUCUAU